AUGGGUGUUACUAAGACUGUCCUCCGCCCCGGCAACGGCCAGGACUCCCCGAAGAAGGGGGACCACGUUUCCAUCCACUACACCGGCUGUCUCUAUGACGAGUCCAAGGCGGAUAACCACUACAUGGGGAAACAAUUCGACAGCUCCAAGUCCAGAGGUCCCCUUGAGGUUAGCAUUGGCGUCGGCCAGGUCAUCAGAGGCUGGGAUGAGGGUGUGCUCCAGAUGACUCUGGGCGAGAGGUCGAUUCUGACCAUCAGCGGAGACUACGCUUACGGCCCACGUGGUUUCCCCGGUCUCAUCCCUCCCAAUGCUACUCUCGUCUUCGACGUCGAGCUUAUCAAGAUCAACAACAAGUCUGCUUAG